AUGCAGCUGAACCACGACUUGUUUGCGACCGAGUCCUCGGUCACGCAGAAGACGAAUUUCCAAUUGUCGAUCGCGAACACGGCGUUGCUGAGGAGGAACGACGGUUCCGAUUACAUCGUCGCGCCACGCUACAAUUAUUGUCCUCAGUACGACAAAGCGUACGAGGACUCGUUGAAGGAUCCGGACAAGUUCUGGGGCGAGGUGUCGCAAUGCAUCGACUGGAGCAAACCGUGGACGAAGGUCCUGGACAAUUCGAAGCCGCCAUUCACGAAAUGGUUCGUCGGAGGAGAAUUGAACGCGUGUUACAACGCGGUGGAUCGUCACGUUCUGAAUGGAAACGGCGACAAAAUGGCGUUGAUUCACGACAGCCCUUUGAUCUCGACGAUCCGGCGAGUGACGUACAGCGAAAUGUUGGAGAAAACAUCGAAACUGGCCGGUGCCCUGGCCGACAUGGGUGUGCGCAAAGGAGACGUGGUAAUCAUAUACAUGCCGUUGAUACCGGAAACAAUAAUGGCCAUUUUGGCGACCGCGCGGCUCGGUGCCGUUCACUCGGUAGUAUUUGGCGGAUUCGCCGCGCAGGAAUUGGCCACUAGGAUAAAUCAUGCGAAACCGAAGGUAGUGAUCGCUGCCAGCUGCGGCCUGGAGCCGUCCAAAGUGAUACAGUAUACCAUAAUGCUCAACAAGGCGCUGGACAUCAUUACCGUAAAAAAACCACAGUGCAUCAUAUUUCAGAGGAGAAAUAUAUGGCAGAGCCCGCUCUGCGAGGGUCAACACGACUGGGACGAUGUAAUAGCGCGAUCGAAACCUCAUCCGUGCCAACCGGUCGCGGCGAACGAUCCUUUGUACAUUUUGUACACGUCCGGAACGACAGGUCAGCCGAAGGGGAUCCUGAGGACGAUCGGUGGACACCUGGUGUCCGUUUGUUGGACGAUGAAGGCCGUUUACGGGUUGGACAAGGACGACGUUUGGUGGGUGGCGUCCGACAUGGGCUGGGUGGUCGGGCACACGUACAUUUGUUACGGGCCCCUCCUUUACGGGGCCACCAGCGUAAUGUACGAGGGAAAGCCGGACAGGACACCGGACGCUGCCCAAUAUUUCAGGGUAAUCGAGCAGCACGGCGUGAGCGCGUUGUACUGCGUGCCGACGGCGCUUCGCGUUAUCAGACGCGCCGACCCGGACCUCGCGACGGGCCGGAAUUACUCCACGAAAUCAUUGAAGACCAUAGUCGUGGCCGGCGAGUUCUGCGACUGCGAGACGAAGCUCUGGGCGGAAAAGGCGUUCAAAGUGCCGAUCCUGAACAACUGGUGGCAAUCGGAGACUGGACACCCCAUCACCGGGCUGUGUUUAGGAUACGGCCAUUAUCCUAGCAUACCAAAGAACAGCACUGGUCUACCUCUUCCUGGUUAUCGCAUCGACAUUCUACGGGAGGAUGGCAGCAAAGCCGAGUCCCACGAGAUGGGAAGAAUCGCUAUAAAGUUACCAUUACCGCCCGGUUGCAUAUCCACCCUUUUCGAGGCUGACGACAGAUUCAAGCAAACCUAUUUCUCGAGACAUCCGGGCUACUACGACACCAUGGACGUCGGCUAUAAAGACGAAUACGGAUUCGUAUACGUGAUGGCGCGCGACGAUGAUAUAAUCAACGUCGCUGGGCACAGAUUGUCUACGGCAGCCUUGGAGGACGUUAUCAUGGCGCAUCCCGACGUCACCGAUUCUGCCGUCAUUGGUGUUCCUGACCCUACCAAAGGGGAAGUCCCGUUGUGCCUUUACGUAAUGAGACCAGAAACGACGAAGAACGAAGAGCAGAUCAACAAAGAGCUGGUGGAAGCAGUAAGAAGUUUAAUAGGGCCCAUAACAUCCUUCAAAACCGCCGCAGCUGUGCGAGCCCUGCCCCGGACGCGUUCUGGGAAGAUCAUUCGCAAAUCUAUCGCCGAUCUGGCUCGUUCCAAGCUCGUCAAGAUUUCAAGUACAAUAGAGGACGCGUCGGUGUACCGCGAGAUAAAAGAAGUACUUCAGAAGCUCGGAUACGCUAAACUAGCGCCGGAUCCUCAAUGAUAACUAUAGUUAAGCUUUUACCAUUUUUUAUUAUAAACCUUUGUCUCUUUCUUCUUCAUAAUCGUAUAUAAAAUGUAAUAAACCUACAUACGAU